CAAAGCAGAUGGAAAAGAUGGAGGAGAAAGGCAACCAUGUUGCAAGGAAAAAGGGAGGCUUGGUCACAAUGCCCUUCAUCUUUGCUAAUGAGAUUUGUGAGAAGUUGGCUGUGGUGGGUUUCAAUGCUAAUAUGAUUAGCUACUUGACAACACAACUUCAUAUGCCAUUAACCAAAGCAGCCAACACCCUCACCAACUUUGGUGGCACUGCGAGCUUGACCCCCUUGCUUGGUGCCUUCCUUUCUGAUGCCUACGCUGGCCGCUUCUGGACUAUAACUAUUGCUUCCAUUAUUUACCAGAUUGGCAUGAUUAGCUUGACGGUAUCGGCAGUACUUCCCCAACUAAGGCCUCCGCCGUGCCAACACAACCAAGUGUGCACAGAAGCCGACGGGGGACAGCUUGCAAUUCUGUAUGCAUCUCUUUUACUAGGUGCACUCGGGUCGGGCGGGAUCCGACCCUGUGUCGUGGCAUUCGGAGCGGACCAGUUUGACGAGACGGACCAGAAGCAAACCACCAAGACAUGGAAUUAUUUCAACUGGUACUAUUUUGUGAUGGGGGCAUCUAUAUUACUGGCUGUGACAGUGCUUGUGUAUAUCCAGGACAAUAUAGGAUGGGGUUGGGGACUUGGAAUUCCAACUAUAGCCAUGUUUAUCUCAAUUAUUAUAUUUAUGGUCGGGUACCCGCUUUACCGGAACUUGGAUCCGGCUGGGAGUCCGUUUACCCGGUUGAUACAAGUGUCCGUGGCUGCCUACAAGAAGAGAAAGCUGCCUUUGGUGUCUGAUCCUAGAUUGCUGUAUCAGAAUGACGAACUUGAUGGCCCUAUUUCUCUGGGUGGGAAGCUUCUUCAUACUAAACACAUGAAAUUUCUUGACAAGGCGGCCAUUGCGACUGAGGAAGACAAUCUCAAGUUACCAAACCUAUGGAGGCUGAACACCGUUCAUCGUGUGGAAGAACUCAAAUCUGUGAUUAGAAUGGGACCUAUAUGGGGAUCAGGGAUACUCCUCAUCACAGCCUAUGCCCAACAAAACACUUUCUCACUCCAGCAAGCAAAAACCAUGGACAGGCACCUCACGAAGUCCUUUGAAAUCCCAGCAGGCUCCAUGAGUGUCUUCAACAUAGUCACCAUGCUGUCCACAAUCGCAUUUUACGACCGCCUCUUCAUACCCUUUGCCAGGAAGCUCACAGGGCUCGACAGAGGCAUCACAUUCCUUCACAGAAUGGGAAUUGGCUUUGUCAUUUCAAUACUGGCUACACUGGUUGCUGGGUUCGUCGAAACGAAGCGAAAAAAUGCAGCUUUUGCUCAUGGGCUUGUAGAUCAGCCUCAUUCCAUAAUCCCCAUUUCAGUGUUUUGGCUCAUCCCUCAGUAUAGCCUUCAUGGGAUGGCUGAGGCAUUUAUGUCAAUUGGGCACCUCGAGUUUUUCUAUGACCAGGCACCAGAAAGCAUGAGGAGCACUGCUGCUGCGCUGUUUUGGACUGCAAUCUCUGCUGGAAAUUAUGUGAGCACUCUUUUGGUGUCCCUGGUGCACAAGUUUAGUGCUGGGCCUAAUGGAUCAAAUUGGCUGCCAGAUAAUAAUCUAAACAAGGGGAAGUUAGAAUACUUCUACUGGGUGCUCACAUUAUUGCAAGUUAUAAAUCUGAUUUACUACAUAGUCUGUGCCAAAAUGUACACUUUUAAGCCCAUUCAGGUCAUCAAGAAAGAAGCUGCUGAGUCUGAAGAGAAGGGCGUAGAGCUUGUCAAUCGCGUUUAGUUGGCUUUUUAAUUAAUUAAUCAAUUAGUGCUUAGGUAGGCAGUCACCACUGGUCAUAGUUUAGUGUAAAGAAAAUGAGGAGAAUGUCUACUUUGAAUAAUAAAUUAUAGAUUCUCUGAGUCUUCCAGCUUGUAUGAUCAAUUCUCUGUAUAUUAGAUCUUGGAAGCACACGAAAUUCAAACAUGUGCUUCUACUCAUCU